AUGUCAAUCAACAACAACACAUUCUACAUCAACCGAAAAGAUCAAGAGCCCAAUCCCUUUGAGCAAAGCUUUUCUUCCAUCUCACCCAAGAUCAAAUUUGAGCCAUUCCAAUCACCACCCAAGUUGAAUGGUGGCGUGGAUACUUGGGUCACUAAUAUCUCAUCGUACACAUUUGACUCGAAUUCCUCCACAACGAAUGAUUCCUACUCAUCGGUAUCAGAUCACCAAGCAACGACUAGUGAAGAUAGCGAUGAUACAUUCCAUGCUAAUUAUAAUAUGAUGCCAAUGCAGCCACCUCAACCUCAAUCACAAUCACAACCACAACAUUCGUUUAUUCCCACUCCCAACACCACUGCCACUACAUCACCAGUAAAAAAUAAGCCUACUAAAAAGAGAAAUCGUACUGUCAAGCUACCUGAAGACGAAGAAAAGCGAAAGAACUUUUUGGAACGAAAUAGAAUAGCCGCAUUGAAAUGUCGUCAAAGAAAGAAGCAAUGGCUUUCAAAUUUACAGACUAGGGUCGAGUACUUGACUAAUGACAAUGAGCAGCUACAGAUAGAGGCCAAUGCCUUGCGCAAAGAGAUCAUGGACCUAAAGACAUUGCUGGUAGCUCACAAGGAUUGCCCUCAAUACAAUGCUGCACUGGCGACCAAGAACAAUUAUGCCAAUUUACUACCACAACAACAGCCUGUCUACCACCAACAUUUUUCCUAA